AUGGCCUUCGAUGUUACUGUUGCGGACCCAAAGGAACGAAUUCAAGCAUAUCUUGAUUCUUACCGCAAGGAAGGUCUGACACGGGAUGAGGGGUUUGACGAGAUCUUCAUGCGUGAGGAUAUUUCAAUUGUCAGCGCGACUAGCACUCCAGAGAAAACAACGGCAGUGUUCGAGAUGAAAGCUUCACCUGUGUACACCAACCGUAUGGGGAACAUGCAUGGUGGAGCCAUAGCGAUGAUCCAUGACAUGUGCACGACGAUGGCCGCUGCACCUUUAGCCCGAAAGGAUUUUUGGUGGUUUGGUGGAGUGUCGAGAACGUUACUCAUCACAUAUCUCAGACCGGUACGAAAAGGCAUGGACCUCUUGAUAGAGUGCGAAGUCUUACAGCAGGGCACACGGCUGGCAACAAUUCGCGGGCAGAUGCGAGACAAGAAGACGGGUGCAUUGCUUUCUGUUGCGGAACAUAAUAAGGCUAGUAUCAAUUUUCAAGAAGCUAAGCCGAAUUUAUGA